AAACCAAUCAAAACACAUAUAGUAGAUCUUUCAGAAAUAGAGAUCAGAGGGGGCCUGCUUUUAGAGAAUGGCUAGCAAGCUUAAAGAAUUGUACUUCGUCUUCAUGAACUUUGAUCCUGAAUAUGAACGUCUUCGAGCUAAUAGGUCUAAGCGAGGAGCUUAUGAUCUUGAUAUGUAUCUAAGUAGGAAACAUGACGAGGUUCUAGCUCGAACCCUCCAGCCUGGCACUUACAACAAGACUUUUUCCCUUGUUAUUGUCGAUGGCUUUGCUGUUGAAAUUACUGAAGAUCAGGCGAAAAUGCUCAGAUCCACAACAGAUGUUAGGGUGGUGGAAAAAAAUCAGGAAUUAGUUUAAUUAAUUAAAUUUAAUUUGUGGCUUAAAAGUCUAAUAUAUUAUGAAUGCUAAGAAAAUAGAUCAAUUUGUGAUUAUUAUUCCUCAAUUUGUUUGUAUUUUUUUUGGGCAUGUAUUUUAGGCCCUUCAUAUCACUGUAUUUCUCGUUCUACGUAUAUAGACAAAAAACCAUAAAGUAAUACUCCCAUAUGAUCACAUAUUGAAGUAUUGCU